UUUGCAAGGUGGCAACUUUGUAAAUCCCUCCUUCGGCUCCUGAUGGAAGUUUAAUCCUUUUUCUUAUAUAUGGACGUUCACUGCGCGUUCUGUAUACACCUGCAAUUGAAACAACCAACAGAACAAGAAGAGAACCUGAAGGGCAGAGCAGAAGGUGAGAUGGAAGCUGAGGAAACGGGUGAACAGUGCCGGGGGAAAUGGGUGAUAACCAAGGGAGUGUUCGUGGAGGAGCUGAAGAAGUCGAGCUCCAUCGCGGCUCCAAUGGUGGCGGUGUCGGUGGCGCAGUAUACGCUGCAGGUGGUUUCGAUGAUAAUGGUGGGCCACUUGGGACAGCUCCCCCUCUCCGGUGUCGCCAUUGCCACCGCCGUCACCAAUGUAACCGGCUUCAGCCUUCUCUCAGGAUUAUCAGGCGGAUUGGAAACUCUAUGCGGGCAGGCUUAUGGAGCUCAACAGUACAAGAAGCUCGGAAUCUACGCGCAAAGUGCGAUCCUCUCGCUCAACCUUGUCUGCGUCCCGAUCUCUAUCUUCUGGCUCUUCAUGGACAGGUUCCUCACCCUCAUAGGCCAAGAUCCUCAAAUCUCACAUGAAGCCCAAAAGUACUCAGUCUGCCUCAUCCCGGCCCUGUUUGGUGCUGCAGUCCUCAAACCGACAGUUCGGUUCCUCCAGACACAGAGCCUUACGCAACCGAUGCUCUUCAGCUCUGUCUCAGUUCUCUGUUUCCAUGUUCCUCUGUGUUGGAUUCUGGUGUAUAAGUUCAAGCUUGGCAUAGUCGGGGCAGCACUGGGUUGCGGUGUAUCAACAUGGUUGAAUGUUCUGCUGCUCGGGUUGUACGUGAUGUUAUCCUCAGAUUGUGAGAAGACACGGGUUCAAUUGUCUAGGGAUGCAGUUCUCAGGGUCCGGGAGUUCUUUCGAUAUGCUAUCCCUUCUGCCGUGAUGGUCUGUCUUAAGUGGUGGUCGUGCGAGCUGCUAACACUACUGUCUGGGCUGUUACCGAACCCGAAGCUGGAGACUUCAGUGCUUUCAAUAUGUCUUACGAUCUCCACAUUGCACUUUACCAUUCCAUAUGGUUUCGGAGCUGCUGCAAGCACACGUGUUUCAAAUGAACUCGGGGCCGGGAAUCCUCAAGGAGCGAGAAGGGCAGUUUGGGCAACCAUGUUUCUUGCAAUCAUGGAGGCUCUUCUGAUAGGAACGACCCUCUUCUGCUGUCGAUACGUGUUGGGAUACACUUACAGCAGCGAAAAGGAAGUGGUGCAUUAUGUUGCAGUCAUGACUCCUUUCCUUUGCCUCUCCAUUGUCAUGGACAGUUUGCAAGCAGUCCUCUCCGGGGUUGCCAGAGGAAGCGUGCAGCACAUCGGAGCAUAUAUCAAUCUCGGGGCAUUCUAUCUGGUCGGACUUCCACUGGGACUAAUGUUAGGUUUCGUUGCCCAAUUACGGGCUAAGGGAUUUUGGAUUGGAAUCGUGUCCGGAACUGCUGUGCAGUCUGCUCUUCUUGCCCUCAUCACAGCUUUCACAGAUUGGAGAAAACAGGCGAAUAAGGCAAAGCACAGAAUAUUUCUCGGGAAUUCCCCUCAAGAACAAGGUUAAAUUGUAGCCAUAGAUUUUUAUCUCAUUAUAUUAUUAUUAUUAUUAUUAUUGAACCUUUUAAUUGCUGUCAUUGUGAACUACCUUUGCAUAUGUAUAUUUUCUAAUACAUCUGAGAAAAUUAAUGAAAUAAUCAACCUUUUACUCGUUCUUAUUAUUUCAUCAUCACAUGGAACAUAACAAUUACAAAGAACAGAACAUAAAUAAUUAGAUUUUCUCAAUAGAUCUACAAAAGUAGCACUCCGACCACAUUUAGUAAAUACCAGUAACACACUACAUACCCUUCUCCUUUAUUAAUUUCCACAUCUGGCGGAUCGAUGUUGGAGCUGACCCUGUUAUGGCAUAUAUCAAUCGAUCAUGGACAUACGAACUCAGAGAGUAGCAUAACUUAGGCGAUCUAUAACUGCCAUAAGCUGAUCGAUCUUGCUUCAAACUCCUAGUAAGGCGGAGGAGGGCGUCUCCAAGGCGGAGGUGGGGGCCUGUA